CUCGUGUAUCUAAUAGUAUCAUCAGCCUACAGAGGCUCUCUCAUCUCUCAUCUGGUAGUGGAAAGUAAAUCAUCCGUUAUAAACAGCAUGGAGGAGCUGGCGGAGCGGGGAAAGACUCAAGGCUGGGUCUGGGGCGUCUCAGCAGUUCCAAUGACCGGCGCACAUAGACCGUUUUUUGCCUCCAAUCCUAAUCCAGCCGUGGUUGAAGUUUACAAGCACUUCGAGUUUGUCGAAAAUGAAGAAGGACUGGCACGAGUCUUGGAAGGCGGUUUCUCAUACAUCGAAAACUAUUACUUCACCAAAACACUGGUGUCCACGUACUACACGGACAGGACAGGCUACACCCCUGUCCACAUCAGCACCACCCGCUACCCGAUGUACGGUGGCAACGGCUGGGCAUUCCGGAAAGGGGCGCCCUUCCGCUCACGCAUCAAUAACGGCAUACAGCGGUUCCUGGACGCGGGGCUCAUCACGACGUGGAUGGAUGAAGUCAUUCUUUCCAAAGUCAGAAGGGAACGGGAGGCACUAAAGGAGAAAGACGUUGGAUCGCAGCUCACUCUCGAAACAGUAACUAUCUAUGCAUGCACUAAAUUGCAACGUACUUGAGUCCAGUAAACGUAUAGAUUCCAAGUUAACGUGGAU